CUUGUGUGGACGCGUCGGGAUAAAUCCGGAUUUUCCUGUUCCAGCCUCGUGCCAGGAUGGGGCUGGACGGAGCCUACAAGCAGCUCGACCCUCUGGAGCACCGUGAGGCGCCGGCCCCCAAGCGCCCCCACGGUGCCGCGCUCUUCGCCAUCCUCUCCAUCCUCUUCCUCCUCACCUUCCUCGUCCUCUUGCACCUGCGGCUCCGCGGCGACGCCGGCAGCGCCUGCGACGACUCCUGCAGGAUCGUGCUGGUGGAGAGCAUUCCAGAGGGAAUGACCUUGGCAACGUCCAACCCGUCGACGUUCGAGGCGUGGCUGGAGCUGCUGACCGCGGCCACCCGCAGCGUGGACAUCGCCUCCUUCUACUGGACACUGACCAACGAGGACACCCGGACGCACGAGCCGAGCGCGGCGCAGGGCGAGCGGAUCCUGGCGGAGCUGCUGCGGCUGCCCCGGCGCGGCGUGGCCGUGCGCGUGGCGGUCAGCGCGCCCUCGGCCAAGGCGCCGCUGGACGAUUUGGAGGCUCUGGAGCGUAGCGGUGCGGCCGUGCGCGCCGUGGAUUUGCCGCGUCUCACCGGCGGCGUCCUGCACACCAAGUUUUGGUUGGUGGAUGGUGUUCAUCUCUACGUGGGGAGCGCCAACAUGGACUGGAGGUCCUUGACGCAGGUGAAGGAGCUCGGCGUCGCCAUCUACAACUGCAGCUGCUUGGCCAAGGAUUUGGCCAAAAUCUUCGAGGCCUACUGGGCUCUGGGCGUUCCCGACGCGUCCAUCCCGGCGCCGUGGCCGGAUAAUUACUCCACCGCCAUCAACUUGGAGACACCGAUGGAGCUGGAGCUCAACGACACCGCGGCCGCCGUCUACUUUUCGAGCUCCCCGCCGCCGCUCUGCGCCGCCGGCCGCACUCGGGACCUGGACGCCCUCCUGGCGGUCAUCGACGGCGCCGAGGUUUUCGUGGACGUGGCGGUGAUGAGUUACCUGGCCAGCACCGAGUUCUCGCGGCCGGAGCGGUUCUGGCCGGCCAUCGAUGACCGGCUGCGCCGCGCCGUGGUGGAGCGCGGUGUGAGGGUGCGGGUGAUGGCGGGCUGUUGGAGGCACAGCCGCGCCGCCAUGUUCCCCUUCCUCAGGUCGCUGGCCGCUGUCGGUGACAACCGGACGCGCUACGAUGUGGAGGUGCGCCUGUUCCUGGUGCCAUCCAGCACCGCCCAGAGCCGCAUCCCCUUCGCCCGCGUCAACCACAACAAAUUCAUGGUGACGGACAAGGCGGCGUACGUGGGAACCUCCAACUGGUCCGGGGACUACUUCGAGCGCACGGCGGGCUCGGCGCUCGUGGUGGCCCAGCCCGGGGCCGGCUCGGGGACGUUCCGGGAGCGGCUCCAGGCCGUGUUCGAGCGGGACUGGAGCUCCCGGUUCAGCGUGGACAUCGCGGACACCGAGAGCUGGGGCAGCCGCUGCGGGCCCCGGUAGCACCGCGGGGAUCCCACGGGCCGGGGGGGGACGACCGUGUUUUGUUUUUCUGGUUUUUUGGUUUUUUUUUUUUUUUUUUUUUUUUUUUUUUUGUGUUUUUUUUCUUUUUGGGAAAAUAAACCGAGAGAAAUUGGGUUUUGUGGAUGUUGCGGUGUUGUGGUUGAGGGGGUUUGUGAUUAUUGGAUUUCCCAAACCCCUCCCUGGACUCCCAAACUCCUCCCUGAUCCCCCAACCCCAUUCCUGGAUCUCCACAGCUCCUUUCUGGAUCCACCCA